GCGGCCGGGCCCGCAAGGUCGGGGAGCGGGCGGCGCUGAGGUGGACGCGGGGCGUCUCGGCAGGAGCGCGGGGUAGCUCUGGGCAGAGGUUCUUGUGUGGACUGCAGGAUUUCAGGGUUCCUGGCCAUGCAGCAGCUGGCCCUGCCCCUACCGGUGCGCCCCAGGCCCCAACGGGAGACCCUGCGCCUUCUCUCCUCGGAGCCUGCCCAGCGACUUCUGAGCCUGGGCUUCACCGGAAGCCCCAGCAGGAGCCGGGUCCCUGCUGGGCCGGUCAGCUCCUACCUGUGAGCUCUGGCCCCAGGCUAUGCCGUCCAAACUGGCAAGCUGGCGUGCCUGGGCCCUUCAGAGGCUUCUGCCCCGCAGCCUGAGGACAGGAUGCUCAAGGGACAGCUCCCAAGCACAGGCAAAGACGUCGCCCCCAACCUGGGGCCCCCGCCUAUCAACCACGGUCAGGAUCCUGAGAGGACCCCAGUGCUCCCUCUGACCUUUCCAGCACAAAUCAGCAACGAGGACCCAGAAGCUAAGGCAAAGCCCUUCACCCCAAAGCCCCCGCCGCAGCCCAGGCUGGAGCGGGCUCUGUCACUGGAUGAGAAAGCGUGGAGGCGGCGGCGUUUUCGUACCAGCCCGGAGGAUCUGGCGGCGGGCAGUGGGGCCGGUGGCUCCAGGGGCUCCUUGCAGGACGAGGUCCCCAGGCCUCCCGGCCCCCCUGGGUCCCCACCCUGCUUGAGUACCUCCCUGCAGGAGAUCCCCACAUCCCGCCGGGCCCAGGACAGCGCAGGUGGCAGCCCCUCAUGGGGCCACUGUAUAUCUGGAAUGAUCAGCACUUCCCUGGACCUCCUGCACCGGGACGGGGCCGUGGCCGGGACCAGCAUCAGGCUGCCUCCUGUGGACCCCAAGGUGGCCCCCGAGUCCCUGCGGCCCACACACAGAGUGGACUCGGGUCCAGCUGAUGGCAAGCCCCACCUACAGAGCAGACUGUUCCGUGCCCACAGCAGCCUGGGCCCUGGCUGGCCCCCUAGCCCCCUCGUCUGUGAGGCCAGAUCCUCCUUCAGCCUCCUGGCGCCCAUCCGCGCCAAGGACGUCCGGAGCAGGAGCUACCUCGAGGGGAGUCUCCUGGCAAGUGGGGCCCUGAUGGGGGCGGAGGAGCUGGCCCGGUACUUCCCAGACCGCAACCUGGCCCUCUUCGUGGCCACCUGGAACAUGCAAGGUCAGAAGGAGCUGCCCCCAAACCUGGAUGAGCUCCUGCUGCCUGCUGAGGCUGACUACGCCCAGGACCUGUAUGUCAUCGGGGUCCAGGAGGGCUGCUCCGACAGGACAAGGCCAGAUGGCCGGGCUCUCUUCGCUGCGGGGCUGGGAGGCUCCGGCCCCUUCCCCAGCUGUCCCCACUUCCACAGGCGGGAGUGGGAGACACGCCUGCAGGAGACGCUGGGUCCCCGCUACGUCACGCUGUACUCAGUAGCCCAUGGGGCACUCUACAUGUCCGUGCUCAUCCGCAGGGACCUCAUCUGGUUCUGCUCAGAGGUGGAGAGCUCCACGGUGACCACGCGCAUGGUAUCUCACAUCAAGACCAAGGGGGCCCUGGGCGUCAGCUUCACCUUCUUCGGCACCUCUUUUCUCUUCAUCACAUCCCAUUUCACCUCUGGAGACGGGAAGGUGAGCGAGAGGCUGCUGGACUAUAGCAGAACCAUCCAGGGCCUGGCCCUGCCCAAGAGUGUGCCUGACACCAGCCCCUACCGCUCUGAUGCCGCGGAUGUCACUACCCGGUUCGAUGGGGUGUUCUGGUUUGGAGACUUCAACUUCCGUCUGAGUGGUGGGCGCGUGGCCGUGGAGGCCAUCCUGAAGCAGGACCUGGUAGAGAAGGUGUCUGCUCUGCUCCAGCAUGACCAGCUCACCCAGGAAAUGAAGAAAGGGUCCAUCUUUAAGGGCUUCCAGGAGCCAGACAUCCAUUUUCUUCCAUCCUACAAGUUCGACAUUGGUAAGGACUCCUACGACACCACCUCCAAGCAAAGGACCCCAUCCUACACGGACCGGGUCAUGUACAGAAGCCGCCACAAGGGUGACAUCUGUCCAGUCAGGUAUUCCUCCUGCCCUGGCAUCAAGACGUCUGACCACCGCCCCGUGUACGGCCUGUUCCGGGUCAAAGUGAGGCCGGGGAGAGACAACAUCCCGCUAGCUGCUGGCAAGUUUGACCGAGAGCUGUACUUGAUAGGAAUCAAAAGACGGAUUUCCAAAGAAAUCCAGAGACAGCAAGCACUGAAGAAUCAGCACUCGAGUACGAUUUGUACUGUGUCUUGAGGUCUGCUCGAGGACCACUAUUGCCUCCACGCAAGGUUAUCUGACCAAAAGCCCCUAAAAAGAUGGAAGAGGCGGUUGUCGGGGACUUUCCCCCUAUCCAGGCAGCCGACGACUGACCGCUCGAGGUUCACAUGCUUUCCUUCCAAGAACCUGAGAGGUGGCUGAAGAGCAGCGUGGCAAUGCCCGAGACAAACCAGCCCCACUCACUAACGGCAUGUCCUUUACCCCGCGGGCAGCACACACAUGGGAUGCACGGGCCACGCUGCACCCUUGGUCCCUCGGAGCAGACAUUUGGGUGGGACAUGGCCUGGAGCACCCUCUGCCCACACCCCCCCCCCCCAGCCCAUGUCUGCAGCACUCGAAUUGACCCCAUCUGAGCACAGGGGGCUGGGUCCCUAAGCGAGGGAGCAACAGGGGCCUCCUCCCACCUAGUACACCAGGACCAAACCCAGGCCCAGGGAGUCAGGCCAAAGCCUACUGACUUCCAAGGAGGGAACAUGGUCCAGUCUGCUGGAUGAGGCCUGGCCUGUUUUAGGGCCACCUGUCUUGGAGGGAUGGCCUGGCCCCUCCAGCCAUGAAACCACCUCCCUCUCCGAUCCUGGUUUUGGUGAUUUCAGACCAUUUUACAUAUUGCCAGCCUCAAAUAGCAUGAACGUUAAGUAGCGCAUUUCCCGGGCUGAGGAAGCAGGGGAAGCUAGAGUGUCCCCGCCACAUUCCAGAUCUCUUCUUUCAAGGGCUGAGCUUAUCAUUGCCCACAGUGGCUCUUAGAGACAGGCUGUGAAUGUGGGAAAACCAAGGGGCAAUCUGGUCUUUUAUUUAUUUUUCCAUAUUUUAUAUUUUUAAAUAAAUCCAUGUUAAAUCUUAAA